GCACAAAUCGGAACAGAUAGCAUCUCGAAAAUGAUACCCUUAGGGCUGCUACGGCAGCAGCUGUCCAAAAAUUACAAGAUUUCUCUUAUCAGAACCCUGGCGGAUGGAAAGGGGUCCAAAGGUGGCAGGAACCCCAGCGGAAAGCUGAACGAAAAACCAAAAGAAAGUGUGGAUCAGCAGCUGCGACCAAAGGCAUCGAAAUUUCCAUUCGUGAAAGUCGCUCCAGCGACAUCGAAAUUCCCCGUGGAGGAGGAGAAGGAGGAGCCACCGAACCGCCUGCUCGAAAUACUUGACAGCCGCCAGGGAAAACGGAAGGAAGACCUAAUCGUCAAUGACACGAAGAAGAAGUUCGAUUUCAGCAGAUUGAAGCCCCUCGCCAACUUCCCGGUGGAGUCGCACAAGAAUUCCAAAAGCAAGUUUCCCGUCAACGAGAGGAUGCUGGAGACCGAAGACGACCGACUGGAGGAGGUGCUUCAGAAGGCGGCCAAGAAGGUUGAGAGGGAGUCGCGCGGACGCUUGGCUCAGAAUUGGCCUGCUGUGGCACAAAAAGCAAAGGGUCCAGCAGGCCCUCCUCCUCCUCCAGCCAAAGAUGGACCCUCCAAAAGGACACCUCCUCGCAAGGCAAGAGCUCUUCCACCCAGAAAACUCCCACCGGGCACCCCGCCGCCACAGACAAAGAAAACAUUUGGCCCUCUGGCCGAUGCUGAUCGCAUCUUUACCAAUCUUUACGGCCGGCACGACUGGCGCCUGAAGGCCGCCAUGAAGCGCGGCGACUGGUACAUGACCAAGGAGAUCCUAGGGAAGGGUCAUCUGUGGAUCAUCAACGAGAUGAAGACCUCGGGACUGCGCGGCCGCGGCGGUGCCGGCUUCCCGAGCGGCCUAAAGUGGUCGUUCAUGAAUAAGCCACCGGAUGGAAGGCCCAAGUUUUUGCUGGUCAACGCCGAUGAGGGGGAGCCGGGCACCUGCAAGGACCGCGAGAUCCUGCGCCACGAUCCGCACAAGCUGGUGGAGGGCUGCCUGAUAGCGGGCCGUGCGAUGGGGGCCAACACCGGAUACAUCUACAUCCGCGGGGAGUUCUACAACGAGGCCUGCAACCUGCAGUACGCCAUCCUGGAGGCUUACAAGGCGGGCUUCCUGGGGCCGAACGCCUGCGGUUCCGGUUUCGAGUUCGAUCUCUAUGUCCAGCGGGGAGCGGGCGCCUACGUGUGCGGCGAGGAGACAUCGCUCAUCGAAUCGCUUGAGGGGAAGGCGGGCAAGCCGCGCAAUAAGCCCCCCUUCCCGGCGGACAUCGGGGUCUUUGGCUGCCCCUCGACGGUGACCAAUGUGGAGACGGUGUCGGUGGCUCCUACGAUCUGUCGCCGCGGCGGCAACUGGUUCGCCAGCUUCGGCCGCACCCGCAACUCUGGCACAAAGCUCUUCAACAUCUCCGGCCACGUGGAGCGGCCUUGCACCGUCGAGGAGGAGUUGUCGAUGCCCACGCGUGAGCUAAUCGAACGCCAUGCGGGCGGGGUCAUCGGUGGAUGGGACAAUCUGCUGGCCAUUAUCCCGGGCGGCUCGUCCACUCCCUGCAUUCCCAAGGAGGACGCCAGCAAGGCCAUCCACGACUACGACGGCCUCAUGGCCGUGCGCUCCUCCCUGGGCACCGGCGCCAUCAUAGUGAUGAACAAGCAAACGGACAUCAUCAAGGCCAUCGCCCGUUUGGCCGCCUUCUACAAGCACGAGAGCUGCGGCCAGUGCACCCCCUGCCGCGAGGGCCUCCACUGGGUGAAUCUGAUCAUGCAGCGCUUCGUGACCGGGCAGGCCAGCGUCGGGGAGAUCGACAUGCUGUGGGAGAUCACCAAGCAGAUCGAGGGCCACACCAUUUGCGCCCUGGGCGACGGGGCAUCUUGGCCGCCGCAGGGCCUCAUCCGUCACUUCCGUCCGCUCAUCGAGGAGCGCAUCAAGGAGCGCGCGGCCUGCGAUGCAGCAGCAGCCGCUUCCUAAAUGUCACGGUUUCCGUUUUUUGUUUGUUUUGUUUCAUAAUAAUCCAAUAAAGAAGAGAUGACG